GCGUUCGACCGCAAUAACAACGGCACCGUCGACGCGGCGGAGUGGCAGGCCGUCCUGGGCGACAUCGGGCCCGAGGGGGAGGGCACGAAGCGCUAUAUUUUCAACCGGGUGGACAAGCUCGCGGACUCGGACGGGAAGCUGUCGGCUGAGGACCUGGCGACUGCCGUGCAGCUGGCCAGGGACAUAUUGCUCGGGGGCGGGCCGUCGUCGGGCCUGACAUCGGGCGGCUUCUGA